AAGGUAAUAAAAUGACAACAGGUAAAGAUCUUGAGCAGAAAUUUAAAAAAGUUUUUAGACAUUCUUCUAACCCAUUUCCAGAAAAUUUCUCGCUAGAGGACAAAGCUCAUUACCUUAAGGAAGGAAAUAAUAUGCUAGCAGCACAAGCUGCAGCGCAGAGAGAGGCUAACAUUGAGAGUAAGGUCAGUAACAUUGCAGAGGCAAAUAAGGAAAUAGCAAGAAGGAAAGCAGCUCUUGCUGAAGAAGCACGCGAAAAUAUGGCAAUACUCGAUAAACGACUGGAGGAAUCCAAUAAACGAGCAAAAGCUCCGAGUUUAUCAAAUAAUCCAGCAAAGAAUGCUUCUGUAGCACAAGAGCAACCAGGAAAGAAUGGUACUCCUGCAAAAGAGGUUGCUCAAAAAGUAGAUAAUGCUGCAGUUAAUGCUAAUCUUCCAAAAAAAAGUCAAGCUCAAGGAAAUAAAGCUCUUGACCAAAGCCAAGAAGAUCGUACUAAACAACGAAAAGUUCUUACGAAACAGGCGAAUCAAGUAGCAAGUAAUCUCUAUGACGCGAGCAAUGUUCUUGAUCGAGUCCAAGAAGCUCGUACUGGAAAAGCACGCUUAAAUCCAGAGGAACACAAAGAACAACAAGCACAAGCUCCUGGUUUGUCUAAUAAUACAGAUAAAAGCAAAAUAGAAGGUAGGAAAGAAGCUAGUGCUAAAAAUUUACAACAAGCACUAAAAGAAAUAGAUAUACUCAAUAAAACAAUAGAAGUUACUGAGCAAAACAAAAAAGCUCUUGAAAAAAUGGUAUACAAAGAACUAGAGGUAAUGGAUAAACAACAAUCUACGGAUUUGUCUAAUAAUACAGAUAAAAGCAAAAUAGAAGGUAGGAAAGAAGCUAGUGCUAAAAAUUUGCAACAAGCACUAAGCAACAUAGAUAUACUCAAUAAAACAAUAGAAGUUACUGAGCAAAACAAAAAAGCUCUUGAAAAAAUGGUAUACAAAGAACUAGAGGUAAUGGAUAAACAACAAGCAAAAGCUCCGGAUUUAUUGAAGAAUUUAGGUAAAACAGAAUCUCAAGAAAGCCCAAAAGAAGGUAAGGGGUUGUUCAGUAAAGUGAUUCAAGGAGCGAUUCAAAUUGUAACAAGAAUGUUCAGGAAUGUGCUACCAGAAGAGAUUAACGAUUAUAGAGCUGAGAAUAAAGAUCAUAGUGUAGCUGCUCAAAUUGUUCAUGGUGACAACACCAUUACUUAUAAUACUUCCUUUAUGCAUAUAAAUAAACGGGAAUUUAAACUAGAACCAGGAAAAGACUUUCAUUAUCAGAGUGAGGGUGUUGAUAUCCGUAUUACAUACAAUACACAGCACACUGUUCCAGGUGCGAUGAAUCUUAACAUCAAUGGUACAGAGUAUAAUAUUCAACCUGGUAAAUUCGCGAGAUAUAGAAAUCAUGGGUUGGAAGUUGAUGUGGUACACGUCCGCCAACAGGGUAUGGAUAUAAAUCAGAGUCAAGAGGUAGCCGGAAAAGAUGUCAAAACACAACAAGCAUUAGAAAUUUCUAAUAUAAAAGCAAAAACACCAAAACCUAGUAAAAUUCUAGAAAAUAUAAAAGUAGGAAAUUUAACACCUGCUAACACUCCUCAUGUUCCAAAAAGUUCAUGGCGUGGUACUGUAGUUUAA